CGGCAACGUUGUAUUAAGUAGCUGUCAAAUCUAGAUAUCGUCCAGCGUAUUUCAGAUGUCAAAAGUUCAAAUGAUUUGGAAAAAAUUGUGUUGUGUUUUUUUAAAGGAGGUUUUUUGCAAAGGACCCAUACUGCUGUUGCGCGCCACUGGUACUACCGAAUUAUUCACAUCAACUCCUGGCACACCCUGUAUAACAAAAUCGUUUGAUACAUCAAAAUUCCAAUAAUUAGAAGGUGUAAUUUCCCAUAUUAUUUCCUAUUUGUACGUAAGUACCGCAAGAUUGCUCUCUGAAUAUCAGUUACAGUGUAGAAAUGAUACAUAUCCAAGCUCAGAUUUCUUACUAGUACCUAGUGGUAAAAAUAAACAGAUUUGAUCAAGGUCCUGCACCAACCCUCCAAUAAUAAUUGUUACCCUUAUAUUUAAAAGAUUGUUAUUAUGUGGAAGCGCAUAGGAAUAAUUUUAAUUUUUACUCUAUCCACGAUUCAUUUUAAACAGUUUUGCUUGGCAACAGAAGAUGAAUCCAAUGAACUCAAAUUAGCCAUUGUCAAUCAUGAAACAAAUUACACCAAUUUAACUUAUCAGGAAUGCGAUUGGAAACCGGGAUGCAAAUUGAAACAAUUAAGUUGUCGAUAUUUAGAUGAAUUUAUGAAUCAUAUCAAUAUUACUAUUACCGAAGAGUAUUAUCGAACACCAGAAGAAGCUAAAGAUGCAGUUAGAACAAAUAAAGUAGUAGGGGCUCUUUAUUUCACGGAAAAUUUCACUGAUGCUUUAGUUGCAAGGUUGCUGUUAGGAAAUAUGUCUGAUGACAAUACUAUUAACCAAAGUGAAGUAAGAGUUUGGCUGGAUACGUCAAAUCAACCAGUUGGUGAGACGUUACCAACAGAUCUUCAUGUAGCUUUUCAAAAUUUUACAAAAGACAUUCACAGUGAUUGUAAUAUUAGGGAAGAGCUACUAGAAAUACCGUUAUCCUUAAUGAACCUUGACUAAAGAGAAUCAAUUUAACUAAAGUUAUACUAGUGGAAAUAUGGCAUAUGUAUUAAAAAAAUUGUAAAACAAAUAAAGAAUAAUAAUAUGGUAA